UCAGAGAAGAAGACCAUUUCCUUUGCUGGCUGCUUUACACAGUGUUACAUUUUCAUUGCACUCCUGCUCACUGAGAUUUACAUGUUGGCAGCAAUGGCCUAUGACCGCUACAUGGCCAUACGCAACCCACUGCACUAUAGUGUGAAGAUGUCCAGGAAAGUCUGCAUCUGUUUGGCCACAUGUCCUUAUGUCUAUGGCUUCUCAGAUGGUCUGUUCCAGGCCAUCCUGACCUUCCGCUUGACCUUCUGCAGAUCCAAUGUCAUCGACCACUUCUACUGUGCUGACCCACCACUCAUUAAGCUCUCUUGCUCUGAUACGUAUAUCAAAGUACACGCCAUGCUCAUCUCAGCUGGCUUCAACCUCUCCAGCUCCCUCACCAUCAUCCUGGUGUCCUAUGGCUUCAUAAUCACUGCCAUCCUGCGGAUCAAAUCAGCAGAUGGAAGGCACAAGGCAUUCUCCACCUGUGGUUCCCAUAUGAUGGCUGUCACCCUAUUUUACGGGUCACUUUUCUGUAUGUAUAUAAGACCACCCACAGAUAAGACUGUCAAGGAAUCCAAAAUAAUAGCAGUCUUCUACACCUUUGUAAGUCCUAUAUCAAACCCUUUGAUCUGUAGCCUGAGGAACAAAAAUGUUAAAAAAAGCAAUAAGGAAAGUUAUCCAAAAGAAAUUGUUUGUUAA